GCGGAGAUGGUUGUUCUGUUUUUACUUGAGAAUAAUUAUCUUAUCUUGUUUUCUAUAGUUUGAUUAACGCUAUAAAUUGAAUUCUUUUUUAUUAAGACAUAUUGAAUUUUAUGUAAUCAGCUUAUUAGUUUUAAGUGAUCCCAUAAAAAUGGACACCCUUAGGUUUUAUUUCGUGACCUGGAAUGUAGCAACUAAGUCUCCAGGUCAAGAUCUCAAUUCGUUACUGGAUUUUCCUUCUCAGUUUAAUAAGAAUAAGCCACUACCAGAUUUUUAUGUUAUCGGGCUGCAAGAGGUGAAGUCCCAGCCACAGAACAUGUUGAUGGAUUCCCUUUUCUCGGACCAGUGGACACAAAUGUUUAAUAAGAUUCUUUGCAGACAAGGCUUUGUUGUUGCCAAGAGCAUAAGGCUGCAAGGCAUAAUACUGCUUGUUUACACUCAAAUGAAACAUCUACCCCAUUUGAGGGAAAUCGUGGCACAGUAUACCAAAACUGGUCUAGGCGGACUUUGGGGUAACAAAGGAGCCGUCAGUGUGCGUUUCAAUAUCUACGGAUGCUCGGUGUGCCUCGUGAACUGCCAUUUGACCGCCCACGAGCACUUACUGGCUGACCGAAUCAAUGACUACAACACUAUCCUUAAGGAACACGGUUACCAAGUCAGCGAGACCUCCAACAUCCUUUUUCAUGAUUACGUAUUCUGGAUUGGAGAUCUAAAUUUCCGAACCGACCACCCGACGGGUAGCAGUCCAACUUCUGAAGAAAUUGUAGCGACUUUACAAAAGGUUGAAAAGGACAAGUAUACAGCUCUACUAAAACACGAUCAGUUGCUAGCGGUCAUGGACAGUGGAGAAGCGUUCUCCGAGUUCUCAGAACCAGAAAUCAGAUUUCCACCGACGUACAAAUUCUUGAUGGGUAGCGACGAUUACGAUUUGAAGCGAAAACCUUCAUGGACGGACAGGAUAUUGUACAAAGUGAUAGCAAAUAACUAUGAGAACAUCACACUGAGGGCUGAUUUGAUAUCUUACAACCACAUACCUCACUACACGGUCAGUGACCACAAGCCUGUGGUCGCGCAAUUUAAUAUUAAGAUUCGGCAAAAGCACGCACCCGCUGUAGCAACACCGCCUAAGGCCGCUAGAGCAAAGAUACGCAUGCGAUCGGCCAUAGUCACGCCUGAAGGUAGCCACGGAUCGGAUAUUGGUGAAGCCAUGGCAGCAUGCGCUGAAGUGUUAGAGCAUGCUGAAAGUUCCGCGGUCGUUCAAGAUUCUGAUGAAGCGGCGUUCGCGAACUACACAGUGAAGACAGUCGAGUUCGCGCCAAUAGUCCGCAUCUGGUACAUCGGUGACGCGGACUUCCGCACGCAGUGCACGUUGUCGCCGGACGUUGAGAUCAACCCUAAUGACUGGAUUGGCAUUUAUGACGCAAAUUUCCACAGCUUAGACGAUUACAUAGCCUACGAGUAUUUGGCUAAAGUGAGCCUUCCCCAAACUCCGCCUCCAGCCGGGCAGCCUCGCACCAUCACUCUGAGCUUCCCCGUUGGCAGCGGCGUGCGCACACCCGGCUUCUACCGGUUCAUAUACUUCAGCCAGCCCAACACCGAAGUCAGGAGUGUAUUGGGUAUAUCAGAACCGUUCGAAGUGAGCAGUCGAGAAGAUAGGUUAGUAUCCCUUGAUCCUUGCGAGGAGGCCUCAUGCAGUACAUCCCCCGGCAGAGCAAAGCCCAGCACCGCCACAACGGACAUCUUCACAGACUUCACUGGCCUCGACGUAGCUAAGCUCUCACGCCACUUCUCAAACGACUUGAGCAUUGACUGACUAAAAAGUUAUAUGCCCGGAUCGCCGGCGACUAAACGAAAAGACGGGGUCUAGUCUAGGUUUGUAGCAUAAAGUAGUGAAUGGAAUGAACGGUUGGUAAUGGGAAAGAUACUUCAAGUGAUGAUUAUGCCAUUAAAUCUGGUACUAUGUAAUGCAUGUUGGGUCAAAUAAAUCCGGCCGCAUAUUAUCAGAAUUUGUCUGUCAGAACUUUGUCUCACUCACUCAGUGAGAAUCAGAGGCGUUCAGCCGAUUCGGUAACAUUUUGACAGUCUGCGGCGUUCUACUGGUAGUACAAAUGUAUGUAAGUGCCUUCCGGCUGUUUCUGAUAAUAUGCGGCUGGCCUAUCAGGUGUUUGUAAUAAAUGUGUUUCUGUUCAGAAAAAAUACUAAUGGUCAAGUGAAUAAGGUAUACUGGGUGCUUAUAUUUAUAUUCGGUCCAAUACUGAAACGCCACUCAUCAUCUGAUGCCACGUUAAAUAUUAAGAUGGAUUUAGACCAAACGUAAACGAGCGAAAUGCUGGGUCUGUCCCCACUCUGUCAAAAUCUCUGAAUAAACCGACAAUGUACAAAAAGAAUUUGUAGAGUGGGGAUAGAAUGAGAUUUUGCUCGUUUGGUCUAAACUCACACGUUUACAAAUACUU